AUGCCCGUGAAAGCUGCAAUGGCUGCGACGGCGCCAACGCCAUUCAAGGGCGAGACCUUUCCUCAGUACGUGCUGUACCGAUCCACCCGCCGAUGCCUAGGCUCAGAACGGCCUCUUCCUUCGCCGAGCCUGCGACCGUCGCUGUCCGAACAGCUCAAGACCAUUUCACAAGGAGCGCAGGCGAUCACCGCCCAGCUCGCGACAACCUACAACCUGCCGGGCCGCUCCAACGUACCUACCCUCGCGUCCUCCAGCAGCCACGCGCACACCGACCUCAGCCACGACAAGCUCGCAUUCCAGGCCACCACCAUCGGACUCACCGUCGGCAAACUCGAGUGUCGCUUUCCGUGUCCAGCCACUUUCGCGUCCGACCGCUGCACGUACUUGUUCCAGCAUCCGUUCGAAGCCAAGGAGGUGCUCAUGAUCAUGUACUACCGCGACAUGCUGCACGCCUCCGUCACCAUGGCAGACCAUAGCUUCCGCUUCCGACUGUCGCGAGUUCUCGAGCAGUUCGGCGACGACUACAACCCCAAGAACGCGCAACACUGGAUUCGAAUCGCCCUGGCCACCGCAAGCGAAGCGAAGAAAGUCAAGACCUUUCUCGCGAGUCUUGGCGUCACCGACAGAAGACGUUCCUCCCCUUCCUGUUCCUGA